CUACCGGCCGUCCAGCUGUCCCCCUGCAGGUCGAUUGAGGAUCUGACAGGGGGGUUUGUCGUUGAUGAUGUGAGGGUGGUAUGGGUGGGUGGCGGGGAGGGGGGGGUUGAUGGUCAGCUCGAAGUCCGGCUCGUCCUUGAUAGCCCGCACACCGCCGCCCGGCUGGUCGAACAGCUCAAAACGGCAGUAGUUGCCGCCGAAGUUGACGUGCCGACCGAUCAUCUUCCACAUCGCCAGAACACGCGGCUCGGCCAAAUACGCCUGCAACAACAGACACACCCUCUGAACCACCCAUCCCUCCUCCCCUGUCCCCUCCGUCCCGCCCACCUGUUUGGUGGUGUGCCUCUGGAUGUCCUGCACACUCAUGGUGAUGGGCAGAGUGCGGAAGCCGCACUGCAGCGCCAACUUCAGCGCGUUGGCCACCUCGGUCCACUGCUGCGUGUCCACCAGCCAGAUGGCCUUCAGCAGCAGGUGGCGGUCCAGCUGAGUGUCAAAUGCGAUGAUGGUGUGCAGUCCCUUGGCCACGAGGCAGCGAUUGAGUCGGGUGCGGAGGACAUAUGGCGAGAAGUCGACUUCCCAGAGGAAAUGCGCCGUGGCCCUGAGGCUGCCGACCUCAAACCGGCUGCACACACAAUUGUACACGCAGACAUCACACAGCUCCAAGUGUGCCUAUGGGGCUCUCAGGUUGUCGCUUUCCUUGCUCGUGCAGUGCUUGUGCUUCGCAUACGUGUGGAGGGCGUCCCUGUCGGCUUUGUGGAGGAAAUCGAGUGACUCGUCAUUGAUGGUGGCGCCACAUCUGUCCGCAGUGUGGUUAUUGCCCAUCUUCCGCCGACUCGCUAACGGAUGAAAUCAGUUACUCGGCUGUCACAGGGGCCUGUCUGCUGCGAACUCAUCGCUGUCGUCCGCAGGCGACUCCGGCGGCUCCUCCGCGUUUCGCUUCUUCUUUCUUCGCAAACAUCACG